AUGCCCGAAUUCAGCGACACCCCACCAGCUGCACAUCAAAUUUCCCUGCUCCUGCACACAGCGGUCGACUUCGGCCUCAAUUCAGGCGUCGGUAUUGGUAUCAUUCAAAGCACGGCACCAGGUGUGGGCCUGCCCUUGACUCUACCAACGGAGGAGCAAGCACAUGGUAUCGAGCGUGGCCAGGCCAGAGCUAAGAACCUCACAACGCCCGAAAGAGCUCAUAUGUUCGCACUUAUACUUGCCAUAGGGCUAGCGUGCAGUACAAUCAGGCGAAAAUGCACUGCCACACAGCAAAGAUGA